GUCGCCAUUUAUUUGGGAAUAACACCGAAGUGAAGUGUAUUAGUGUAUCUCAGGACAGACCAAUUCAAUUUAUUUAUUUAUGCCUGCAGGCUACAUUCAUCAUUGUUGAUUGAUUUGACUUUAUUUGCCAAAUGGCUGAGUACUUGGCAUCUAUUUUCGGAACAGAAAAAGACAAAGUCAAUUGUUCAUUUUACUUCAAGAUCGGAGCAUGUCGCCAUGGUGACAGAUGCUCUCGGAUACACAACAAGCCGACCUUCAGUCAGACAGUUUUGCUUCAGAAUUUGUAUGUGAACCCUCAAAACUCAGCAAAAUCUGCAGAUGGAUCUCAUUUGAUCAGCAAUGUAUCUGACGAGGAAAUGCAAGAGCAUUAUGACAACUUCUUUGAAGAUGUGUUUGUAGAAUGUGAGGACAAGUAUGGUGAGAUAGAAGAAAUGAACGUGUGUGACAACUUAGGAGAUCAUCUAGUUGGAAAUGUUUACAUCAAGUUUCGAAGAGAAGAGGAUGCUGAGAAAGCUGUCAAUGACCUCAACAACCGUUGGUUCGGUGGACGGCCAGUUUAUGCCGAGUUGAGCCCAGUCACCGACUUUCGUGAAGCAUGUUGCCGACAGUAUGAAAUGGGAGAAUGCACUAGAAGUGGUUUCUGCAACUUCAUGCACUUGAAGCCGAUCUCUCGUGAACUGAGGCGUUACUUGUACAGUCGCAAGAAGAAGAGCGGCAGGAGGUCUCGCAGUCGCAGCAGGGACCAUGUUGGUUCUCGCAGGUCCCGCUCUCCACGUCCGAGAAAGGAUCGCGACCGUCGUCGAGACAGAGAGGGACGUUCUGGUCGCUACUGAGGAGCUAGAAGACAUGGGAGAAAUCCUUGAGAUCAUACUAUUUUACCAGAACUUUUGAUUUUGUGAGUGUUAAAAUAUGUUUUAUUGUAUUGUCAUUGUCUCAAACAUAAAGAACUGUAUAAUGCCACUUGACAUUCAGUGAAUGAUUUCUGGUUAGAAUUUGAAAUACAUUUUCAUUUCAUACAUA